AUGACAAAAAAUAAUUAUUCUUCUCUUUACAGAACAGAGACAGACAGUGUUUUAUCAAGGGCAAGAACACCAACAACAACAACAACAACUAGAACCAGAACCAGAACAGUAAUAGGAACGACGAGAACGAGAACGAAAACAAAUAUCCAGCCACUCGUCCUCUUUAUAUACUCCCAGAUAACAAGAACACCAUUAACUAUGUAUCUACCAGAUGAAUCAAUCCAUGAUCCCCUCACAUUACAAACCAUACUAUAUAUAAUAUACCACCAUACCCGUCCACCUCUGCAUACCNNCNCCUCCCCUCCAAAAAAGCCUCUAUCUCGCUAUCUCCCCCCCCUCCUCCCCCCACAUCUAAUUCCAUCCCAUCUGCCCAUCCCCACCGGUCCACCAAUAAAAACAGAACAACCACAUCUCCCACACCGGUCGACAGCAACAGCAACAGCAACAGCAACAGCAACAGCAACAAGUCAAGACAAGAUACAGACAUCGCCAGCAACCGGAACAACCCAAAUUCUCACAGGGACCGUCCCUCAUCCCCAUCCCCAUCCCCAUCGAAUCGAAUCGAAUCGACAAUCAACCUCCAGAAAAGAAAGACCAGACCUUCUUUAA